GAAACCCCCAAAGAAGGGCGCGUCCGGCUUUUCCAUGAAGCAGCGCAAGGGUGUGGUGCAAGAGCUGCGAAGGCUUCUGAAAGCUCUCAGCAAGCUCAAGUUGGUGUGUGGGAAAGCUGAGGUCAUCCCAGCACGGAUUCCCAUUGUCAAGUGCUACCUCAAGGUCCAUGGGAUGAAGAUCGCAGCAGAUAUCAGCAUGGGUGUCGAGAAUGGCGUGGAGGCGGUGCCCUUCAUAAUGCAGCAGGUCCAGUUCUUUGGGCCGUCGCUACGAGCUCUGACUGUGGUCUUGAAAGCCCUGCUGAAGCAAAGGAACCUCAAUGAACGCGUCAGUGGCGGCCUGGGGUCAUACUGCGUCUUGAACGUGGUCAUGGCUCACCUCAUCAAGGAGGGGAUCCGAGCCACGUCCACUGCUGACCUGGGCCACCUCUUGCUGUCCCUGCUACGCUUCCUUGGCAGGACAAUGGAUUGCAGCCGGCAAGCCAUCAGCGUGCGCAUGGGGGGCAUUGUGGAGAAGCAGCAGCAAUGGCAGCAGGCGGGCAGGCCUUACCUGUUGGCAGUGGAAGACCCUCAGCAACCCGGCACAGAUAUUGGCUCCGGGUCUUUCAACAUUCAGGAGGUAAGGAGCUGCGUGGCGCGCGCCCAUGAUGUGCUGCACGCAAGCUGUUGCAGUGCGGCUGUGGGUGGCGCGGGCCCUGAGGCAGCGAGCUGGGCGUCGGUGCAGGCUGAAGGCCAAACUUUCAGUGUCUCACCUCCUCACCGCUCGGAGUACCCUCUUCUGGACACCGUCCUGAACACAUCGCUUGCUCUGGAUCGCAGCCCGUCCGCAUCCCAGGCCAGGAUGGACCUGGCUUCAAAGCCAGCUGGAAAGAUGAAAGUUAAGGCGAAAAAGAGCGUAAAGGUGAAGCGAUUUCGGGGUGCUGCAGCUAAGCGCGCCCGAGGAGCAGAGGUGCAGCCCAUGGUGAACCCUCAGAAGCAGGCAAAAAAGAAGGCCCAGAGCAAGAAGAUUCCCAUGAAGAGGAAAGCCGGGAAAGGUACUGAGCAAGGCGAUCAACCAAAAAAGAAACGCAGGAAAGUGCAGAAGCAGAAGGCCGUGCAGUGAUACGAUGAGGCAUCGUGCUGUGUGCAUAGCUGAUGUGAGGUUGAGGUGGCAGUCUUUUGAAUUGAGUUCUUGCUGCUGGGAGUAUCUGCAAUGCUGACUGAAUCGGUA